AUGAAGGUACUACAUGUAUUUGUAGCACUCUUCUGGUAUUUGAGCUGCAAUGAACUGGAAGCCAAAUCUAAAUUGCGCUAUCUUUACUACCGCAACAUAACUUAUACCUUUAAUCCGAACCACUUUAAGGCUGUAAAUAUUUAUACCACAGAUGGAGCUCAAGCUAUACAGGUCGAGAUUGCCAUAUCGCAUAAUAUCACCAAAGAUAUUUGGUUCGAAUUUCUGGUCUCAAUGAAACCAUUUAAUGCGGAUAAGUAUCAAAAUGUUUUCAGUUUUAAUUUGAAUGGCUGUGCGCUGCUUAAACGUUCCUCGGGACCUGGUGGCUUCGAUAUUGUAAAAAGAUGGGCAACAAAUUUAUUGAAUUCGGGCAGUACACCGCUCUCUUGUCCGGUCUUGAAGAAUAAUUAUACGUGGACCGUAUUUCCCACGAAAAAGUAUGGUGUUCAUAUUCUACAAAUGGAAGGAUUUUAUCGCUUGUUAUGCAAUGUGUAUAUCAAACGUCCAAGGCGUAUCGAACUAGUGCUAAACACGAGCACUACUUCUGAACUCGUAUAUAAAUACAAAUAA